UUUAACUCACAUGCCCUGCACAUGUUGGUUGAUCCUAGUUUUUCCUUCAUUUAUAUGCAAAAACUGAAGGAUUCACACGAUUGUUGAAUGUGCUUUACAGCGCCACAACUAUUAAAGGGAAGCUAUUCAAGUCACGCCUCCUGUGUGGUUAUUAUAACAACGUGGAAGUUUAUACACGGUCUUAUAACAAUACCGGUAGAAAGGAAGUCAAAGAGUCAAAAUUCCAUAGACACUCAAGUACGAAAAAAUUUGUGUACAAAACCUAUGGCCGUCCCGGAACUCACUGCUAUAACUACUUUUGCGCCCCCCCCCCCCAUGCGUACGCUCCUGUUAGUAGCGGUCUGUGACCUAUCCAGACGUAGAAUAUCAGAGCACUUUUAGUACUAGUUCGAAGACUCUUUUCGAUCUUAACACGAAACUGAGCACUCUGAACUAGAAAAGGAUGGAUAUCGUUGCUCUGAAAGGCCUAGGCAUUGGAUUGCUCUUUGUGAUAGCAUUUGUUGGAGGAUUAAUACCACUAUGCUGUAUAAGAUCCCAUUCGCGAGGAAUGGCAGAAAGCGCUAUCACAAGACGUGUUAUCAGUCUACUAAACUCAGUCGCGGCUGGAAUAUUCUUGAGCAUCGCACUCGUUCAUCUCCUUCCAGAUGUGAGGAUGAUUUUCGACAAGGCGCUGAACAUCACUCACGGCGGUGAAGUAGAAGGGGGCGGAAUGGCCAUGGGUUUCGACUGGACUGGCUUCACGGCUGGUGUGGGCUUCCUGUUCGUUGUGUUCGUGGAACAGUUGGUGAUGUGGUGCCUGGAGAGCUCAGAGAGAACUGAUAAUACCGCAUCUGACACAUCUCACCCGGUUAAGCCCACAACCGGAGAAUCGGACACCGAUGGCCAUGGCGACUACGGGGCGCUGCGUCAACAAUCGCCUUCAGAGUGUCAAAGCGAAGCAUCGAUUACCGUCCUCCAGCCUCUCACUUCUUUCCGAGCCAUCGUCCUCCUUUUUUCACUCUCCUUACACGGCCUCUUCGAAGGGCUAGCCCUUGGUCUUCAGCUUGAGGAGCAGGACACCAUAGACCUGUUGAUUGCCAUCUCUAUCCAUAAGGGCAUCGAGAGUUUCACCGUUCUCCUUCGGUUCGCUCAACUACCAGGACGACAUGUUCUCAAGUGGAGUUGCCUCAUCAUCUUCUCUCUCACGUCCCCAAUCGGCAUCGGUAUCGGCAUUCCACUCGCUGAUCCGUCCGUCGACGCUGAUGCUCUAUUAGUCAAUGGCAUCCUACAAGGUUUAGCCACUGGGACAUUUAUGUUUGUGACGUUUGUGGAACUUCUCCCUGCUGAAUUAGCGGGGAAAGGUGAUCGGCUGCUGAAAUAUACUUGUCUAAUAGCCGGAUUUGGACUAAUGUGUGUUUUGACGAAGAUUUAAGCGCUUCAUGCCAUUAUUACAUUUCAGUACAUUAUCAACAUUAGCAUACUAUACAAUCAUUCAUGCUAUUUUCGCAUAUAUUGUAUUUAAUUGUAUAUUAAUGAAUUUGACAUGUCCAGAACAACCUUGUCUUUCAAUUUGUUUGCUAACGAAUUUACUAAUCAAGACCGAGACAUCUUACUCAGAACGAUUAACUCUCAAUUACGAGUAGUUGCUGACUGGAUCAAGGCAAUUAAAUUGUCAUCGAAAUUACAAAUGAAAUAAAAUUAUAUGCUAUUUAGUUAUAUUAUUGAUAACUUACCAAGAAAUAUUGGACUUGAUAAUACUAUUAAACACGAUGUCUCUUAUACGAAGUUCCUUGGAAUAAUAGUAGAUGAUAAACUUUCAUGGAAGCUGCAUGUUAAUUAUGUUUUUAAAAUAUUCUCUAAAAAUAAAUUGGUAUUCUGAACAAGGAAAAAUUGUAUUUCCAUCUCGUAUACUGCUUAAAUUGUAGUCGAAUUUAGUACUUGCUUGGUUGGAUUAUGGACUCCUCGCAUAUGGGGCGCCUGUGGAAAUACUCAUGUACCCACCUCAGAAAAAUAAAAUUUCCUGUGGAAAUACUCAACUUGAUAGAAAGAAAGCAGUGUGAAUCACAUGUUACGCCAAUUUCUGCGCUCAUACUCAUGAACUCUUUGACGCAAAUAAUGUUUUGAAGAUACACGACUUAAUUUCUUAUAACCUCGGUAUGAUCAUGUACACACUUCAGACAAAUCAAAUUUCCUCGAGUUCUCUUUUAAUGUCCAUUUUGAUGACGAAAAUCCCAAAUUGCGUAUAAAUCGAAUGUGCCAAAAAUGGGAAACUUCUGCUUUUGAACGUCAAUAUAACGUGAUGGUCUUUUCUAGUGAAAAUGACAAUGUUUCUUGUUAAAAAUUCGGCGACACUUUUUACACACAUACUGUUUUAGUAAGCUCAAGUACAGUAUUAAAGGAAUGAUAAAGAAAAGACUUGCUUAAUUUCCAGUCAAACCUUAGGUGCGCAGACACGGGGUUCCCAUACCUUGCCCAAUAGAAAUUUCAAGUCAUGUUAGUUAUUAUUUCUAGUACUCUUGUGUCAAAUAUUUGUAGUAGAUCAGAUUAAUGAUAAUGCAUUUACAAAUAUGCUUGACAUGUUUCGUUUUUAACUGAGCCUAGGUAACGUUUAUUUUUUUCUCCUCUGAUGUUCUUCCACACUUACAUAAUAUCGAUGAAAUCGGUCACAAAUUAUUUUUCACCUUGUCCCAGAACUCAACCUUCUCUUCAAGUGUUUCCCUCAACAACGAUUUUUUUUUAACAGUCAUAUCUGUUUACAAAAUUUCCUAAUAAAAUAACCCAGUCAGGUACCUGAGAAAACUGUAUUUUUUGUUCUCCCUCUUUGACACCUGCUCAUUAUUUAAAGAUAAUCAAUAUUCUAUUAGGCUUGUAUACUCUUUUUGUGUGUGCUUUUAACACAUUUUUGUAUAAUGUGUCCCUGGCCGUAACCCUUUUAAAGACAGAAAUUAUUAAGGGCUAAAUUGAUCAUAUGUAUGUAUAUUGAUCAAAAUAACAUUUUGCUUCUAAACCUGCAUUGUUUUACUAACAUGCAAUGUCUCUGAAAACAAUAUACAUGGGUAGAAACUUUCUUGGAAAGUUGACAAAUUGCCAAUUUAGUUUUGAACCCUUUAAUGUGUUGCCCUUUUAAGGAUUUUUAAAACAUACUUUGCUGCCUUUAAUUCCUGGCAUCAAAUACAAUAUGGUCAUUCAACGAGCAAGGACACAUCGUGUGCAGAAUUUGUUACCUGUUCUACUCAUGCAUCUGGUAAUCUUUUCUAGGGAUCAGAAGCAGAAGUUAUAAAGCCUAAACACAAAUAGUGGAAUGACCGUCUCGAAAGGGUUACUUGGUUCUGCGUACGCGUUUUGCUUAUUAAAAAAAAAUCAUUGAUGCUGACGUGCAAGCGGAUUAGUUAGGUAUUAAAUUUGAAAUGAAAUUCUA